UAAUCAUCAUUCAUCAAGAUUGUUCCAUGGACUUCUUCACAGAUCCAGACACAGAACUUUGUAGAACCCAUCGCCACACUGUGUUACACCUCCAUCAUCUCUCGAAAUCUAACUUCCUCCCUAUAAAUUCAUGUCUAAAACAUCCUGUGUUAUCACUAAUCUGAAUCAAGUCCAAAAACAUUGUCUACAGAUCGAUUCCUCUAAAACUCUAUUAAUUUCAUCGCAAUCAAUCAACAAUGGAUCUCAAGAAGUUGGGCUUCGAUUCUCCAUUCUUCUAUGUCCUCGAAGACCUCCUCGACGUCCCAGAAGAGGCCGAGAAAUCCCGAAACAGCUCUUCGCGCGCCUACGUUCGUGACGCGAAAGCAAUGGCAGCGACGCCAGCGGACGUCAUUGAGUACCCGAAUUCGUAUGUUUUUAUCGUGGAUAUGCCGGGGAUCAAGGGGAGCGAGAUUAAAGUGCAGGUGGAGAACGACAACGUUUUGGUGGUGAGCGGUGAGAGAAAGCGUGAUAAGGAGAAAGAUGAGAAGGAAGGAGUGAAGUACGUGAGGAUGGAGAGGAGAGUGGGGAAGUUUAUGAGGAAGUUUAAUUUGCCUGAUAAUGCAAACAUGGACAACAUUUCUGCUGUUUCUCAAGAUGGCGUGUUGAGGGUUACUGUUGAGAAAUUGCCGCCACCACAGCCUAAGACCAAGACCAUUCAAGUUCAGGUUGCGUAACAGAGUAACCAUAAAAACGAGAGAGAGGGGGAGAGUUGGUUGCUAAUGUCAGUUAAUUUGGGCUUGCGUUUAUGUUUUCUGUUAAAAAUGUUAAUUGAAUAAAUGAUUGUGAACUGUGUUUCUUUUUUUC